AUGAGCGAAUCUCCAGUAGUUGAAGUUCACCAUUUGCAUGAACAGCAAUCCGCUACAGCAGAGGCAGCAGAGCCCAAAACAACCUUAUCGAGCAAACCAGACUCCCCGGACGCAGCGACCCCAGACGCACAAACUCCCAGUGCGAUCCAUCCCGAUGCGAUGGUCAAAGAAUCCGGUCGGGGUUACUCCCGCGUGUCAAUGGUGAUGAUGGUCGUCUUCAGUGGUCUGGCAAUUGGCUCAGAUGGCUUCAAUGCGUCAAUCAUCGGUAAUAUAGAACUACUUAUGGAAGUUAUCUAUCCACAAGCGCUGACUACCACGGUCGCCGCUCGUUUGUCAAAUGCCUUUAUGGUUGGCAUGAUCAUUGGCAUGUUGUUAUUUGGCUAUAUCUCGGAUAAGCUAGGUCGCAAAACAGGUGCUGUACUUACAACCGCCAUUCUGGUCCUGGGCAUCGCACUCAGUGCAGGGGCCAGUGGUCUCACGGACGACGGGAUGUUCUGGAUGUUAAUCGUUGCCAGAGGCAUCGCAGGAGUUGGUGCAGGAGGAGAGUAUCCAGUCGCCGGCGCAGGUGCUGCGGAAGCAACCGAUGAAGCUCCGAGUGUUCGCAAGCGUAGAGGUUUCAUUUUCGCCAUGAUUGGAGAUCUCUCUGCCUCCCUAGGAUUCGCCUUCGGUGCAUUAGUGCCAUUGAUCCUCCUUCUGUGCUUUCACCAACAAGUUAGACACUACGAAGCAGUGUGGCGGGUCUCUCUCGCGAUGGGCGCCAUCGCUCCCCUCUCAAUUUUCUGGUUUCGAUAUCGAAUGGUCGUGAGUUCUGCAUAUCGGAAGAGCUCGAUGAAGAAGCAGCCGAUCCCAUACUGGCUGGCUAUCAAAAAGUACUGGCGGUCACUUCUCGGAGUGUGCGGUUCGUGGUUCAUCUACAACUACAUUUCCUAUCCAUUUGGGCUUUUCUCUUCGACCAUCGUUGGCAGAGUCAACCCUUCCUCAUCGCUUGCUCUCACUAUGGCAUGGGGAACAUUAAUCAAUUGCUUCUAUAUUCCAGGGGCAUUCAUUGGCGGUCUAUUGUCCGAUCGAAUCGGCCGGCGACGCACCAUGGCUCUUGGCUUCUUCCUUCAGGCUAUACUGGGCUUUAUUCUGGGUGGAGCUCUAGGGCCAAUUCAAACCAAGCUGCCACUUUUCAUCAUCUUGUAUGGAAUCUUUCUUACUCUUGGUGAAGUUGGCCCAGGGGCUACCAUUGUCCUUACAGCUAGCGAAAGCUUUCCAACCGCUCUUCGUGGCCAUGGGGUUGGUUUUGCAGCGGCUUGGAGCAAGGCCGGUGCCGCUAUUGGGACUCAGGUAUUCAAGCCUAUUCUAGCCACCUGGGGUGAUGAUGAGCUCCACGGUACCCAGGCGGUGUUCCUAAUUGGAUCGGGAUUUGCCGUUUUAGGAGCUUGUCUGGCUUGGUUCGUACUUGAGGACUCUAAUAAGUUCCUGGAUCAUGGCGAUCAGGACUGGAAGGACUAUCUGACAGCUAACGGGUAUACAAACAUUGAAUGGGGCAUUCAGGAUGAGCCCGUCAUGUCGGACACCAAAGCCAUUGAAUGA